AUGGGGCAGCCCCAUAACCGCCCCAUACCCGCCCCAUAGCACGCUCAGUUCCAUUGGGACCCCGAGACGGUGGGGAUGAUCCACGGCUCAUUUUUCUGGGGCUACAUAAUCACCCAGAUCCCGGGCGGGUUCAUCGCACAGAAAUUCGCUGCCAACAGGGUUUUCGGCCUGGCGAUCGUUUCCACGUCCGUGUUGAACAUGUUGAUCCCUUCAGCCGCCCGAACCCACGUGGGCUGCGUCAUCGCCGUGCGCGUCAUGCAGGGCCUGGUCGAGGGCGUGACGUACCCGGCCUGUCACGGGAUCUGGAGCAAAUGGGCCCCGCCCCUCGAGAGGAGUCGCCUGGCAACGACCGCGUUCUGCGGUUCCUAUGCAGGAGCUGUUAUUGCAAUGCCUUUAGCUGGGAUUCUAGUGCAAUAUACAGGGUGGUCUUCAGUGUUCUAUGUGUAUGGCAGUUUCGGGCUGUGCUGGUACAUGUUCUGGGUGCUGGUUUCCUACGAGAGCCCCGCGGUGCAUCCGACCAUCAGCAGCGAGGAGAGGAAAUACAUCCAGGACAGUAUAGGGGAGAGUCAAGGGAGUAACCCAUUACUGCUGGCCACCCCAUGGCGGCAGUUCCUGACGUCGCUGCCCGUGUACGCCAUCAUCGUGGCCAACUUCUGCCGCAGUUGGACCUUCUACCUGCUGCUCAUCAGCCAACCGGCCUACUUUGAGGAGGUGUUUGGGUUUGAGAUCAGCAAGGUGGGGCUGCUGUCGGCCCUGCCCCACCUGGUGAUGACCAUCGUGGUUCCCAUUGGGGGGCAGAUCGCCGACCACCUGCGCUCCAGGGGCAUCAUGUCCACCACCAACGUGCGCAAGAUGAUGAACUGCGGAGGUUUCUAUGGGGUCCUCCGCGUUCAUCAUCUUGCGCACUUCAUCAUCUUGCGCACGUUGGUGGUGGACAUGAUGCCCCUGGAGCCCCAUAGGGACCCCUAG